UGACGGUAAUUUUUGUCUUCUCGUUAUGCCCUGGUCACGCACGCAGCCAAGGCGACGACGACGACUCACGCACUUGUCACAGUUCGCUGCUGCCGGGAAGAAGAAGAAGAAGAAGGGGAUGACCGCCGACGCGAAGCGGGUGCUGCUCGCCUGCAACGGCGGCGCCGACGCCGUCUCGCGGGGGGUCGCCGUAGGCCUCGCCAGGCACGGCUGCAGGCUGGUCCUGGUGGGCGACGAGGGCGCCCUGGCCGCGACGGCGGAGGAGGCGCGGUGCUGCGCGGCCGGAGGGACGGCGGCCGUCGCGGUGGUCGGGCUGGAUCUCGCAGCCUGCGACGAGGCGACCGUCGGCGCCGCCGUGGCCGCGGCCUGGCGCUGCUUCGGGGACGGCGGGCUCGACGCCCUCGUCAAUUGCUCCUCCUACGAGGGGGAAGUGCAAGACUGCCUCAGCGUGACUGAAGAUGAGUACAACAAGACCAUGAAAGUCAAUGUAAUCACACCUUGGCUCCUGAUAAAGGCGAUGGCGAAGCGGUUACGGGACGCGCAGUCCGGCGGUUCAGUGGUGUGCUUGACCCAGAUCAUCGGCGCCGAGAGAGGACUGUAUCCGGGGGCUGCGGCAUACGGCACGAGUUUAGGCGCCGUUCACCAGCUCGUCAGACUGUCGGCGAUGGAGCUCGGCAAGCACAAGAUCAGGGUGAACGCUGUCUGCCGCGGCCUGCACCUCGGGGACAAGUUCCCUGUCUCUGUUGGGGAGGAGAAGGCCGAGAAGGCGACCGGGGAGGUGAUGCCGCUGCGACGGUGGCUGGACCCGGCCAAGGACCUGGCGUCCACUGUGCUGUACCUGGUCGGUGACGAGUCCCGCUUCAUGACGGGAACCACCAUCUACGUCGACGGCGCGCAGUCCAUCGUGCGCCCUCGCAUGCGUUCAUUCCUGUAGGUUGCCGGUCCUGGGGCUGGUUUGCCAUGUUGAUUUGCACAUUCCAUCAGGAUGACUCCUGAUAUGUUGUUGUU